AUGGGAGCACAGAACGCACCAGGCUCAGCAGCCAAUUACAGCACAACGAGCGUCGUAUAUAAAAGACGUCAGAGAGCGGCUUGUGUACUAGUAUUACUAUUUGUUGAAUACAGUGACGUUGAGAUAACAUGGCAGAAACUGCACCAGCCGUCGCUGCUGUCCCGCCAUCAGAGGGCGCAGCCGAAGAAAGCUGCAGGGGGAGCCAAGAAAAGCGGCAAGUCUUCCGGGCCCAGCGUCUCCGAGCUGAUCCUAAAGGCAGUGGCCGCUUCCAAGGAGCGCAGUGGGUUUUCUCUUGCCGCCCUGAAGAAGGCUCUGGCUGCCGGAGGCUACGAUGUGGAGAGGAACAACAGUCGCAUCAAAGUGGGGGUGAAAGGAUUAGUGACCAAAGGAACGCUCACCCAGGUGAAAGGCACCGGCGCUUCCGGAUCCUUCAAGCUCAAUAAGAAGCAGCUGGAGAGCAAGACGGCCGCCCAGAAGUCUCUGAAACCCAAGAAACCAGCGGCAAAGAAAGUGGCCAAGUCCCCGAAGAAGCCCAAGAAAGCUCCGAGUGCAGCCAAGAGCCCCAAGAAGGUGAAGAAACCCGCAAAAGCGGCUGCUGCCAAAAGCCCGAAGAAGCCUAAAGCUGUGAAGCCCAAGAAGGCGGCUAAGAGUCCGGCCAAGAAGGCGGCGAAGCCCAAAGCCGCCAAGAGUCCGGCCAAGAAGGCAGCGAAGCCAAAAGCGGCAAAAAGCCCGGCCAAGAAGGCCGCUAAGCCCAAGAAAGCUGCGGCCAAGAAGUGA